AUGGGGGGCGACCUGUACCGCACUCCCCUUCCACAAGGACUACAACGAGUUCUGGAUAUUGGGACCGGGACGGGAACGUGGGCAAUUGACAUGGCGGAUUCCUUUCCCGAGGCCGUGGUAAUUGGCACGGAUCUAAGCCCCAUACAACCCUCAUGGGUUCCACCAAAUUGUGUUUUCGAAAUCGAUGACUUCGAGCUCGAGUGGAAUUUCUCGCAGUCGUUCGAUUACAUCCAUGCACGGGCUAUUGAAGGUUGCGUGCAUGACUUCCCGCGCCUUUUCCAGCAGGCAUAUGACUCGCUUAGUCCCGGAGGAUGGUUCGAGAUCGUCGACUUCACUGCUGGGAUCUUCUCCGAUGAUGAAAGCACCGAGAAGUCCCCACAUCUUCUUGAAUGGCGGGAUAGACUCAUCGAGGCAAGUCGAAUGUUCGGGAAACCUCUGGGUGUCUCGGGCCAAUACAGCGAGUGGAUGGUACAAACGGGAUUUACAAAUGUCCGUCAGGAAAUAAUACAGGUCCCAUUCGGUCCAUGGGCGAAGAACACUACGCUGAAACGGCUCGGCAUAUAUCAUCAAGCAAAUAUGCUGGAGGCGCUCGAAGCAUACUCGCUGGCCCUGUGUACCCGGUACCUUGGGUGGAGUGUUGAACAGGUACAGCUGCUUUUGAUAGGGGUCCGAAACGAGCUGAAGGAUCAGACUUUGCAUAAUUACUCCAAGCUCUACGUGGUAUAUGGUCAAAAACAGGCAUUUUGA